CAUCUUCUUUUCUUCAAUCUCUCUGAGAAUUUUUAGGUUUUCGUUAUCAAUCUAACGAUUGGGUCAAUCUGGUGAAACUUUAAGGUUGAGAUCAGAUAAUUUAAUUGGAAGUCUUAAGUUAUGGAGAACAGAGGCCAGAAACGAAUGGAGGUUGUGGAAGAGUUACCUGCUGAUAAGAGAGCUUGUAACUCACAGGAUUUCAGGCCAAGCACAUCUGGAUCAUCUGUUCAAGCUCAAGCUAAUGGGACGAGUUCUGGACAUGAAAACGUUGACGCUGAUAUGGAUACUUCUUCAUCUGCUUCGCCUUCGAGUCGAUCAGAUGAAGAACAAGAUAAGGAUUCGGACUAUGGAUCUUGCGAUUCUGAUGAGGAAGAUCCCAGACAGAGGGUGCUUCAGGAUUAUCAAAGGCAGAGAUCAUCUGGUGAUCAAGGGAAAUUGAAGUCUCUCUUGGCGAGUUUGACUGGAGAAACCAAUCCUUCAGGGCAGUUAUCCGGGCUUACAGAGUUAUGUGAAGUGUUGUCAUUUUGUACUGAAGAAUCGCUGUCCAGCGUUAUGGCCGACAUGCUAUCACCGGUGCUUGUAAAGUUAUCUAAGCAUGAGAACAAUGCAGAUAUUAUGCUGCUUGCGAUUAGAGCAAUUACUUACUUGUGUGAUGUUUAUCCCCGGUCAGUAGCAUCCCUUGUAAGACAUGAUACUAUUCCUGCUCUCUGCCAAAGACUUUUGACUAUUGAGUACUUGGACGUUGCUGAGCAGUGUUUGCAAGCACUUGAAAAAAUAUCCCGAGAUGAGCCGGUAGCCUGCUUGAAUGCUGGAGCAAUUAUGGCAGUGCUUUCGUUUAUUGAUUUCUUCUCAACAAGCAUACAGAGAGUCGCAAUUUCUACUGUGGUCAAUAUAUGUAGGAAGCUUCCUUCUGAGCAUCCCUCGCCUUUCAUGGAUGCUGUUCCAAUAUUAUGCAAUCUUCUUCAGUAUGAAGAUCGACAGCUGGUUGAGAAUGUGGCUAUUUGCCUGACAAAAAUAGCAGAUCAAGUUAGCGAGUCGCCAGCAAUGUUGGAUCAACUGUGUAGGCAUGGACUAAUUAAUCAAUCAACACAUCUCUUAAACUUGAAUAGCCGCACUACCCUAUCUCAACCUGUCUACAAUGGUGUGAUUGGACUGCUAAGAAAACUUUCUUCUGGUUCGACUUUAGCUUUCAGAACGUUAUAUGAGCUUAACAUUGGCUAUAGAUUAAAAGAAAUCAUGUCCACGUAUGACAUUUCUCAUUCAGUGUCGUCUACACAUCCUAUCAAUGCAUGUUCUAAUCAGGUGCAUGAAGUCUUGAAGUUAGUAAUUGAGCUUCUUCCAGCUUCACCCGUAGAGGAUAAUCAGCUGGCAUUGGAAAAGGAAAGUUUUCUUGUCAAUCAGCCUGAUCUUUUACAAAAAUUUGGAACAGACAUGCUUCCUGUUAUGAUUCAGGUGCUAAACUCUGGAGCUAACGUAUAUGUUUCUUAUGGUUGCCUAUCAGCAAUUCACAAGCUGAUUUGCUUGACUAAGUCAGGUGAUCUUGUCGAGUUACUGAAGAACGCCAACAUGUCAAGUGUUUUGGCUGGCAUUUUGUCAAGGAAGGAUCAUCAUGUGGUUGUAGUAGCAUUACAGGUUGCGGAAGUGCUUCUUGAGAAAUACAGAGAUGCGUUUUUGAAUUCCUUUAUAAAGGAAGGUGUUUUUUUCGCAAUUGAAGCACUCUCAAAUUCUGAUAGAGGGCAACAAAAUCCAGUAUCUGGUAUCAUUCAGGGAUCAGCUGACCUUUCACAAAAGCCUGUUACAAAAGAGAUUGUGAAAUGCCUGUGCCAAUCUUUUGAAAGAUCGCUAUCCUCUGCUUCACAAACUUGUAAGAUUGAAAAUGAUUCUGUCUACAUUUUUGCAACACGUAUCAAGGAGAGUUUCUUUGGACCUGAGGUAUUCAACUCUGAGAAAGGCUUGACAGAUGUCCUCCAAAACCUCAAGAACUUGUCGGUAGCACUGAGCGAUUUGAUGACUGUACCCAUUGAUGCACAUGUCCUGCAUGAUGAGAAAUUCUUCUCAAUAUGGAACCAAAUCAUGGAAAGGCUGAAUGGAAGGGAAUCUGUGUCUACUUUUGAAUUUACAGAGAGUGGAGUUGUAAAGUCACUGGCAAACUAUCUUUCUAAUGGACUCUAUGAAAGGAAACUUAGCAAAGGGGAUCCCGAAUGUGAUAGUUUACCAUUUGUUGGUAAGAGAUUUGAGGUGUUCACAAGAUUACUUUGGUCUGAUGGCGAGGCAACUUCAUCAUUGUUAAUACAGAAGCUCCAAAAUUCCUUGUCUUCUUUGGAAAACUUCCCAAUUGUCCUAAGCCAAUUUUUGAAGCAAAAGAACUCAUUUGCGGCUAUUCCAAAUGGGCGUUGCACUAGUUAUCCAUGCCUAAAAGUUCGUUUUCUGAAAGCAGAGGGUGAGACUUCUAUGCGUGAUUACUCCCAAGACUUUGUCACUGUUGACCCACUUUGCUAUUUGGAUGCUGUCGAUCAAUACUUGUGGCCUAAAGUUAAGAUAGAACCUAUGGAUUCUGUGGAAGCAAAAGAUCAAGCUAUAGAAUGCCAAUCUUCUCAAUUGCAGUCAACUUCGAUAUCUUGUCAAGGUGAAAGCUCGAGUCCUAUGGAGAUUGACAGUGAGUCUUCUGAUUUGCAGGGAUCUCAAGUGGAAGAUCGGACGCAGCUUCCAGGACUAUGUAGUGGUUCAGGACAACAGAAUGCUUCCUCCUCUGAAACCUCCUCUGGAAAAGAAGAUGCGCUACCUAGUCUUUUGUUUCGUCUUGAAGGGCUUGAACUAGACCGUUCUUUGACAGUAUAUCAGGCAAUUCUCUUGCACAAACUAAAAUCAGAAAGUGAAACUACCAACGGUUUGAAGCUUAGUGGACCCCACAACAUCACAUAUGAAAGGGCUGCACAACUUGGGGAUUUUCGUGAAAAUCUGUUUCCACCCGGAUCUAUGGAAGGUGAUGAGUAUCGCCCGUUCUUAUCCUAUUUGUUUGCUCAUCAACUUGCUUUGCGCCUCAAGGGGUCAAGUCCUCCUGCAUAUGACAUAUUGUUUCUGCUUAAGAGUCUGGAGAGCAUGAACAGAUUUCUCUUUCACCUGAUUUCUCUUGAAAGGGUUAAUGCUUUCGGUGAAGGUAGGCUGGAGAAUUUGGAUGAUCUGAGGGUACAAGUUCGUCCUGUGCCACAUUCUGAAUUUGUUAGCAGCAAGCUUACAGAGAAGUUAGAGCAGCAGCUUCGUGAUUCUUUUGCUGUGUCAACCUGCGGUCUGCCACCAUGGUUUAAUGAUCUAAUGGAUUCAUGUCCGUUUUUGUUUAGUUUUGAAGUCAAAUCUAAAUACUUCAGACUUGCAGCCUUUGGUUCACAGAAGGUCCAUCAUCAUCCACAGCACCUUAGCAGUUCAAAUGUUCAAGGCGAAGGGCGCCCAGUAACUGGCAGUUUACCUCGUAAAAAAUUCUUAGUUUGCCGUGAAAAAGUUCUAGAGUCUGCUGCCAAAAUGAUGGAGUUAUAUGGCAACCAGAAGGUGGUCAUUGAGGUUGAAUACAGUGAAGAAGUCGGAACUGGUCUUGGGCCAACACUGGAGUUCUAUACACUUGUCAGUAGAGCAUUUCAAAAUCCUGAUCUUGGUAUGUGGAGGAAUGAUUGUAGUUCCUUUGUUGGGAAGCCAGGUGAACACUCGGGAGUUUUGGCAUCUUCUUCAGGACUCUUUCCACGACCUUGGUCAGGUACAUCAACUACUUCAGAUGUGCUGCAGAAAUUUACCCUCUUGGGGACAGUGGUAGCAAAGGCUUUACAAGAUGGUCGAGUCUUAGACCUUCCUUUUUCCAAAGCCUUCUAUAAACUAAUUCUCGGACAGGAGCUGAGUUCAUUUGACAUCCACUUCGUUGACCCUGAACUUUGUAAAACAAUGGUGGAAUUGCAAGCUCUGGCACAUAGGAAAAAGGUUUUCACUGAAGCACACGGUGAUUCUCGACCAGCCAAGUGUGAUUUAAGUUUCCAUGGAACAAAGAUUGAAGACCUUUCUCUUGGAUUUGCAUUACCUGGCUACACGGACUAUGAUCUUGCUUCCUUUUCUGAUAAUGAUAUGGUAAAUUUGGAUAACCUCGAGGAGUAUAUCAAGGCUAUUGUCAAUGCCACGGUAUGUAAUGGUAUCCAAAAACAAGUGGAAGCAUUUCAGUCUGGAUUUAAUCAGGUUUUCCCUAUUGAACAUCUUCGGAUAUUCAAUGAAGAGGAGCUGGAAACUAUGUUGUGUGGAGAACGCGAUCUCUUUAAUAUGAAUGAUGUCUUGGAUCACAUCAAGUUUGAUCAUGGAUAUACUUCUAGCAGCCCACCGGUUGAAAAUUUGUUAGAGAUUCUGCAUGAGUUUGACAGGGAGCAACAACGUGCGUUUCUGCAAUUUGUAACAGGAUCUCCUCGGCUACCUCAUGGCGGUUUGGCGUCUCUCAAUCCCAAACUAACAAUUGUCCGCAAGCAUGGUAGCGAUUCUUCAGAUACUGACCUCCCUAGUGUGAUGACAUGCGCCAAUUAUCUGAAGCUUCCUGCUUAUUCAUCCAAAGAGAAGAUGAAGGAGAAGCUAAUUUAUGCCAUAACUGAAGGUCAAGGUUCCUUCCAUCUCUCUUAAGUUUAGGUUCUUGUAAAAAAUUAGCAGAAGCGGUAGGAGAAGAGUGGAUUGUUAGAAGAGACAAGAGGAAGCUCUUCCUUCUUCUUCUUAACAUGGCUUUUUAAAGUUUUCUUCUUUUUAGGAUUUUGUACAAAAGAAUAGUAAUAAGUAGACGUAGGAAAAAAAAGAAACUCUCUUUUGAACUGAUGGAAAAAAGUUGUAUAUAAAGAAAUUCCGAAACUGGUU